GAGGCCGACCCACCCGGCUUUCUUCCCCUUCCGAUUUCUCUCUCCACCUGUGUCUUCGUACACAUAUAUCUAUACACUCAUAGGUGUAUAUACAGGUUGCUCGUUCUCUGGGUUUAGCUGAGAAAAUAGAGAGAGAGGGACGAUGGAAGGAAAGAAGAAAGUGGGUUCGUCUUCGCUGACGUCUGAGCUGUUUGGUUCCCGAGAAAAUUCUUCUUCUUCUUCAACCUCGGGAAUUUUCGAGUCGAUUUUCGCUCCACCGUCAAAGGCUUUGGGAAGGGAAUCUCUGCGACCAGAAACUGUGACCGGUGGUUGGAGCAAACCAGUGGAAUCCUCAAACGAGGCUUGGAACAAUAAAGCUGCUGAUACCGGCGUUACCGGUAGAAGAAUUAGGGGAGACGAGAAACUGGGUCUGGCUAACGAGGGCAUGGGUUCGAUCUAUCAGGAGCAGAGAGUGCAACCGUGCCAUCUAAGCUCAUCGAUCUACUAUGGAGGUCAAGACGAUUAUGCUCAGCCUCAGAGUGUCAGUGAUUCGAGCAUGUACUCUACGUACAAGAAAGAUGGGGUAGAAGAUGAUUCUGGAAGCGCCUCGAGAGGAAACUGGUGGCAAGGAUCUCUCUAUUACUGAAGAGCUUUGUGGCCAAUGUUGUGUACUACUACUAGAUCAAGGUAAAUAGGAACAUACGGAGCAGGAGGACAUAUCAGUCUCUUUAAACUUUUGCUUGUACCCAAUACUCUCUUUUCCAAUAUGCAUAAGCUAAGGGGAAAAUAUCACCGGAGAUUUGGCUUUUGUCAGUUGUUUUGUGACUGAGCCGGCCGGUCCUCUACUAAAUUUCCCCCGAAUGAACCGGACCGAUCCGAUGUACGAUGGUUUUGUAUAAAACUCUUAUAAAUUCCCGGUUUCUAUGGAUAAAUAAAAACAUUCCGGGUUUUUGAUGUAUU